UCUAUUUCUGUUUCCGGCUCUAUUUCUGGUUCUGGUUCUGGUUCUGUUUAUGUUUAUGUUUAUGUUUAUGUUUAUGUUUCUGUUUAUGUUUAUGUUUUUGUUUCUGGUUCUGUUUCUGGCUCUGUUUCUGUUUUUAUUUAUGAUUUUGUUUUUGUUUUUCGUUCUGUUUCUAUUUCUGGUUCUGGUUCUCUUUCUUUUCCUGAAUGUUUCUGGUUCUAGUUCUGUUUCUUGUUCUUUUUCUGAUUCUGGUUCUGGUUCAUAUUUUGUUUUUGAUUCUGGGUCUAUUUCUGGUACUGUUUCUGUUUUGGUUGUGUUUUGGGUUCUGUUCUUGUUUUUAUUUCUGUUUCGGUUUCUGUUUCUGUUUUUGUUUCUGGUUCUGGUUCUGGUUCCAUUUCUUGUUUUGUUUUUGAAUCUUGUUCUGUUUCAGUUUUUGUUUGUGAUUCUGGUUCUAUUUCUGGUACUGUUUUUGUUUUGGUUCUGUUUUGGGUUAUUUUUCCGGCUCUAUUUCUGGUCCUGUUUCUGUUUCUGUUUCUGCUUCUAA